CUCUCACCUGAUCACACCGACCACCGCCUCCACCACCAUGGCUCGACCACCGAGGCGGCCUCCUCCCCUCUACCUCCUCGCCGUUGUCUUCUUCCUCCUCCCCGUCCAGCCACCGCCCGCCGUCGACGCCGCCACCCCCGUCGCCUUCUCCUUCCCGUCCUUCUCCCUCCGGAACCUCACCCUCCUCGGCGGGGCCUCGCUCCGCUCCGCCUCGGUAACCCUCCCGCCGCCCUCCUCCCACGCCCUCUUCCCGCUCCCUCUCCCCUUCCCCCGCAACGCCUCCUUCUCCACCACCUUCCUCUUCGCCUCCCCCGCCUCCGCGCGCCCCGCCUCCCGCCUCUCCUUCCUGCUCCUCCCCGACCCGCUCGCCGCCGCAGCCGCCGCCGAGGGCUCCCUCACCAACCGCUCCCUCCCGCCCCCACUCGAGGUAACCUUCGACGCGCCGAAGAACCGCGUCUACGCGUCCUCCGCGGGCGACCGCGUCGCCGCCAACUCCACGGGAGCCGUGGACCUGCGCAACGGCAACGAGGUCGCCUCCUGGGUCGUCUACGACGCGCGCCGCGCCCGCCUCGAGGUGUUCCUCGGCCACGCCAGCCUGCGCCCGCCCGCGCCCGCGCUCGUCGUGCCCAACUCAACCGGCCUCGCCGCGCGCUUCGCGGACUUCAUGUUCGUCGGCUUCCACGUCUCCAUCUCCUCCUCCGACAACAACGGGAGCAGCAGCAGCAGCAGCGGCGGCGUCGACGGCGGCGGCUUCGCCAUCCACAGCUGGAGUUUCCAGACCAGCGGCAUCCCCGCGGCCAACCUCGCGUCCAGGCCUUCGCACAACGUGUCCGACAGCAGCGUCCGCAGAGGCCCCGCCGCGUCGGACCGUGCCGCUGGCCCCGCGUCGGACGGGCGCCGCAGGAGGCUCGCGCUGGGGCUCGGCAUCCCGCUGCCCGUCCUGUUCCUCGGCGCAGUCGUGGUGUUCGCGGCAAUGUCUCUGAGGAAGUGGAGGGCUCGCGCCGCGGGGUUCCACGACGGCGGCGCCAGAGCGAAGGCGGCGGGCCAGCCGAGGGAGUUCAUGUACCAGGACCUCUUCUCGGCGACCAAGGGGUUCGAUCCUUCCCUGGUGGUCGGCAGCGGCGGGUUCGGCACCGUGUACAGGGCGGUGUGCCCGCGCUCCGGGGUCACGUACGCGGUCAAGCGCUCCAAGCAGUCCAGGGAGAGCCGCAGCGAGUUCACCGCCGAGCUCACCAUAAUCGCCGACCUCAAGCACCCCAACCUGGUCCAGCUGCGAGGCUGGUGCGCCGAGAAGGACGAGCUGCUGCUGGUGUACGAGUUCAUGGCAAACGGCAGCCUGGACAUGGCUCUCCACCCUGUCUCAGACUCAGGCGUCCACCGCUGUCCCAUUCCCACCCUCAGCUGGGCUCGCCGCUACAACGUGGCCGUCGGCAUUGCCUCUGCGGUUGCGUACCUACAUGAAGAGCAUGAGCAGCAGGUCAUCCACAGGGAUAUCAAGUGCAGCAACAUACUUCUGGAUUCGCAGUUCAAUCCCAGGCUGGGGGAUUUUGGGCUUGCGAGGUUGAAGGAUCCUAACAAUAGCCCUCGGUCGACCUUGGCGGCAGGGACUGUUGGUUACCUUGCCCCCGAGUACCUCCAGAUGGGGAGAGCCACGGAGAAAAGCGAUGUCUACAGCUAUGGGGUUGUGCUGCUGGAGAUCUGCACAAGAAGGCGGCCAAUCGAGCGAGAAGCACCUGGCAGUAUGAACAUGCUGAAUGUUGUCGACUGGGUUUGGAAUCUGCACUCCAAAGGCAAGCUUCUGGAUGCUGUCGACAGCACCCUGGAUGGAGAGUAUGACACAGAGCAGAUGAUGAGGCUGCUUCUUCUAGGUUUGAGCUGCGUGAAUCCGUUCUCAGAAGAGAGACCUGUCAUGAGGACUGUUCUGGAUAUACUGGAGGGCAGGAGUGAGCCACUGCCUGUUCCCAAAAAGAAGCCGCUGCUUGUUUUUGUUUCAAAUGCACCUAUUGAUUUCGAGGGUAUAGUUUCCGAGUGCAACCAGAGUACAGUUUCAAGUGAUCUCUUUGAGCUCAAGAUCGAUAUAAACUAGGUAGCUGCUGAGAAGACUAAUCACGCCGGCAAACUCUGAAGUUUUGGUGAUAGUUUGUACAUGCUCACACUAUCAACAUACAUGUAAAUCCCGCCCCGGAAGGAAAUAUGGUUACA